AUGGGUAUUCGUGGGUUCACCCAAGCCAUACAACGAUAUGGAGUCUUCUCACCAUUAAGUGGUGAUACCGUCGUUAUUGACGGGCCAGCUCUCGUUCACCGCAUCUCUGAGGCAGUUUGCCGUCAACGGCCAUCUACAAGCGGAUUUGUCUGCCAUCCCCCAUAUUCCCUCCUUAGCCGUAUGGUAAUAGGCUGGCUUGACGAGUUGAAGAGCCAUAAUAUAAAUAUAAGGAAGAUAUAUUUUGAUGGAUACUUGCCCCCAAGCAAGUGGGAAGUGAGACGAGAGCGGCUCUUAAACCAAUCGCAGCGUAUGAAAGCAUUGGUGUCUUCUCAGCCAUUUGGGUCACCUACGACACCAGAAAACGCAUUUAAAGAUGUAAGAGCCAGUACAACCUUAACACUGCAAUUCCCUCGAUCUUCGUCUGAUUCAUUACCAAAACCUCCUUUUAUGGUCCCGGCGGUUCUCGAGGCUUUAAAGGCUACCAAAGACUGGGGUCCUUUGGUCGUAGUCGUCCCUGGAGAAGCUGAUAUAUUCUGUGCACAAGAUAUUCGCGAGAAUGGUGGCACUUUGCUGACAAACGACUCCGACUUACUCAUACAAGACCUUGGGCUUAAUGGGUGUGUAUCAUUCUUUUGGGAUGUCGUUCCAGUCGAUCCUACCUCGAAGGAAGCCGGUAUGGUAGCAAUGAAGAUAUCACUUCAUAAUAUCAAUGACCGGCUAGGCCUGACAAAUCUUGGCGGUCUGCCUCGCGUUGCCUUUGAAAAGCAAAAGGGCUGGAUGAGCUUCGACGCAGCCGUACAGAAAGUUCGGGACAGCCAUGAAGACACGCUACAUUCCCCGGAGUAUCAGGCUUUUGUGGACGAGCUUGAAGGAAAGGAAUAUAUACCAAUCCAUCAUCCAGUACUUGCUAUGCUCUCCGGCCUAGACCCAAGAAUAUCGGAAGUCGUCAUUCAAAUUUUACUUUUAGAGUCGACUGAAGAAAAAUCUACGGAAUUAGAUGAGAAGACAUUGCGAGGUCCAGAAACGCUUUCCAUUUUCCUUCCAAUCAUGGUUGAAAACCAUGAUAAGAGAAGCGCAUGGACAAGUAGCACAAACACUCGCCAAAUAGGGUACAGUAUUCUUCAGAGCUUAACACGUCAACGAUAUAGUAAAAUUAUCGAGUAUCGUACCUUAGAUCCAUCGACGUCAUUAACUGGGCGGCAAAUUGAGAUUCCUAGCCUUGAAGAGACGGUCGACAAUUGUACUCAACUUCUAACAGUCUUAGAUAAACUAGCAGAGGCCUUGCCAUCUUCAUUGCAGUGGUUGGCGUUUGCGGUAUACCAGGAUAUUGAAUGGUCCACGUCAGAGCAACGUUCCUCUCUCACAGCUGAACUUGUCAGCAAGAUAAUGAGCGGGUUUAAAUUUCUGGAGGAAUACUCGUGGGACUUGAUACAUUUCACAGCCCAAGUCCAAGCCUGCUUGUACUCGCUGAGAAUAACUAAACAGAUCUUAGAUGUCGUUGUCUUUAUGAGUCAAGAUCUCCCAGCGCCAGCGCGUCAAUUACACGACCGUCUCACACUACUUCCUCUUGUUGGAGAAUGGCCUACUAUUGAACACAUGUCUGAUCUACUGUCUAAGUUUGGUAACGCAGAGGGACUCCGAGUCAUCACAGACAUGCUCGGAAUCCCAAGUAUCGAAAUAGCAGAGCCUUCGGAGGAUUCUACAGUGUCGAAAAAAAGACAGAGGCAAGAUCCAGAGUUAUUACCGCGCAAAGGACGCCAAAGAGAUAUCAAAACAUCACCCUCUAUCAACCCUUAUGCCAUCCUCAGCCAAGAGAGCGAAGACUAA